UUUCGGGCGUAGUUUAUUUGUGUAUCUUAUCGGACGUGAAUUGCAACUAGAUGCACUGUCAGGAGAACCCAUCAUCAGCCGAACUGACACUGCAGGAUCAGGCGUUUUUACGAUAAACUGUAUUAUUUUUACACUCACUGAAAGCGGACACGAAAUCGGCUGCGAACGGAUUUGAUUUGUUCCCUUUUUUCGUACGGUGACGUUGUUUUUGUGCUUGGUCAUUCACACUCAGCCACCAAUGCACAACCAUGAACCGAGACAAAGACUUCAGUAAGAACAAGAGCCCAAAUCCUGUCCAGAAUGCGUCCUUCAUCUCGCGACGGACUUUCUGGUGGUUGAAGGAUGUCUUCCUCGCGGGUUAUCGGGGACAGAUCAGUGAGGAUCUACUGUAUGCUACCCUUCCAGAGCACAAAAGCCAAACGCUAUCCGAUAAGUUCGAGCGAUUAUGGGCCGACGAGCUGCAGAGACCACAGCCCAGCUUGAUGCGAACUUUCUAUCGUGCCUAUGGGAAUGUCACUCUGUUUUGGGGGCUAUUGUUUUCGUUCGUGGAGACAGCGAAUCGAGUGGCGCAACCCCUGUUUCUGGGGGCGCUAGUGUCCUACUUCUCGCCCGGUCAAACAGAGAUCAGUGAGCGGGAAGCUUACCUCUACGCGGCGGGAGUUAUCGUCUGUUCGAUGAUCCCGGUUAUCACAUUCCAUCCGUUUAUUCUUUUCAUCUUCGAGAUCGGCAUGAAGCUUCGUGUUGGUAGCUCUUGUUUGAUUUACAACAAGUCGCUUAAACUAACAAAGUCAACGACCACAUCCGAUGGGCUCAGUGGGAAAAUUUUGAAUCUGCUGUCUAACGACGUCGGCAGAUUCGAUAUAGCACUCGCGUUCGUCCAUGAUCUAUGGAAAGGUCCCCUGGAAGCCCUCCUGUUGGGAUACUUUAUCUAUAUCGAGAUUGGUUAUUCCGGUUUGCUGGGAAUGGGAUUCCUGCUGAGUUUCAUCCCACUUCAAGCUUGGAUCGGUAAGAAGACCGCCACCUAUCGGAUGAAAGCGGCCAAAAGGACCGAUCUGCGGGUACGUUUCAUGAACGAAAUCAUCCAGGGCAUUCAGGUGAUCAAGAUGUACACCUGGGAGCAUUCCUUUGCCAAGAUGGUGAAAAAUGUGCGGCGGAAGGAAAUCAACGCGAUCCGAGGGGGUGCCUACGUGCGAGCCACCCUAAUAUCGUUCUUUGUGGUUUCACGGGUAUCGAUCUUCCUCAGCCUGCUGUCGUAUACGUAUACUGGCAAUCUCAUCACUGCCCGCAAGGUGUUCAUCGUGACUAGCUUUUUCAGCAUUCUGAACGAGUCGAUGGUGCAUUUCUGGCCAAUGGCGAUCACUUUUUGCGCCGAGGGAUACAUUUCGGUGAAGAGAACGCAGGAGUAUCUGCUGAUUGGGGAGCGAAAGCCCUACUUGGUCAGUGCUCCCGAGAAAACAAUCAAACGUAGCGCGUUGAUUGAGCAUGGGGAGAAGAAAAAUUCAAUAAGUGGAAAGGUGCCGAAUGGUGCUAAGAUUGAAGAGGAAGUGGAACAUUUAUUGGCGGUGAAGCGGGUAGUGAAUAUGAAUAGUGACAUAAAGAGCAUAGUGAUGGAGGACGUUACGGCACGAUGGGUCGUAAGUGACGAAGAAUCGAAUGUAGGAGUGACAGCUGUGAGUACUACUGUCGAGAAAGGUCGCCUGUGUGUGGUUAUUGGACCAGUGGGGUGCGGGAAAACGACACUAUUGCAAGUGAUUUUGGGUGAGCUUGAAGUAGAUGAAGGCAUCGUGCAGAUAAACGGGUCGAUGAGCUAUGCAGCUCAAGAACCUUGGCUGUUUGAGGGCAGCGUUAGAAACAAUAUUCUGUUUAUGGAAGAGUAUGACGAGCAACGUUAUUUGGAUGUGGUGAGAGUGUGUGCCUUGGAGCGAGAUUUUCAACUGUUUCCACACGGAGAUCAAACCAUAGUCGGGGAGCGAGGUAUUAGCUUGAGUGGUGGUCAGAAAGCUAGGGUCAACUUGGCGCGGGCUAUCUACCGGAAAAGUGAUAUCUAUCUGCUUGAUGAUCCACUUUCGGCGGUUGAUUCUCACGUGGGUAAGCACAUCUACGAGUUGUGCAUCCGCGAAUUUUUAGCAGACAAGGUGUGCGUUUUAGUGACGCAUCAGUUGCAGUACUUGAAGAAUGUGCAGCAUAUAAUAUUGAUGAGCGGUGGAGCGGUAGAUGCACAAGGAUCUUACCGGGAGAUUAAGACGACUAAACUUGAUUCCAUACUGGCUUUAACCCCCGAGGAGUCACCUACCGAGGAUAAGUUUGACAAAGACUUCCAGAAACUGACUGCCCAUAGCGAGAAAGUGAAUUUGAACGAAGAAAAACAAGAGGAAGAGAAAGAAUCUCAGGGUGAGGGACAAGUAAGCAAGGCUGUGUACAAAUCAUACAUCGCGGCGACCGAUAGCUGCGUGUGGAUAUUCUUCAUAUCGGUCUUAGUGGUACUGGCGCAAGUUGCUGUAAGUGGGGUAGACUAUUUCGUAGCCGAGUGGGUGAAUUGGGAAGAAUCGCUUGGACCGAAAAGCUUCCCAUCGAAAGAGAAUCAAACCAUCGAGGACCUGUCAGAUCACAACGUGCUGCCGGUGGCAAAAGCGGAAGCAAGUCACGAAGACGAACGACAGCGAUACAUUUUAAUCUAUACCAUCCUUAUAGGGUUCUUUGUAUACCUUAUCCUGCAGCGUACGUUUUCCUUUUUUUAUGUCUGCUUGAGAAUCUCCAUGAAUCUCCACGAUCGAAUGUUCCGUGGCCUAACUCGCGCAACGAUGGAGUUCUUCACCAAUAAUCCUUCCGGGCGGAUACUUAAUCGAUUUUCCAAGGAUAUUGGCGUAGUGGAUUCAACUCUUCCUAUGGCAUUGAUUGACUGCCUUGUGUUCUUUCUGGAGAUGAUCGCCGUGGUGGCACUGGUUUCGAUCGUCAACUACUGGUUCCUGUUGCCGACGAUCAUAAUCGCUUUUCUCAUGUACUUCAUACGUAAGAUCUAUUUGAACACCUCGCGGGUGGUGAAACGAAUUGAAUCCGUGAACCGAUCACCCAUCUUCUCCCAAACGAACGCAACCCUGCAGGGUUUGACCACAAUUCGUGCCUUCCAAGCGCAGAGAGUGCUGAGCAAAGAGUUCAACGAGUGCAUGGAUGUAAACACAUCAGCGUGGUAUGUAUUUAUAACCACCACGAGAGCAUUCGCGCUGUGGUUGGAUGUUGUGUGUGUGAUCUAUAUAGCGGUGGUUACGAUGAGCUUUCUGCUGAUGGGACAGAACGCACUCGGCGGAAGCGUGGGGCUGGCAAUCACGCAAACGAUCAGCUUAAUCGGGAUGUGCCAAUGGGGAAUGAGGCAGUCGGCGGAGCUCGAGAACCAAAUGGUAUCCGUGGAGCGAAUCAAUGAGUAUUCGAGAUUGAAACCGGAACCGCCGCUGGAGACCGCUCCUAAAUACCGACCCCAGAGAUGCUGGCCAGAGAAUGGCGUAAUAAAAUUUACCAACGUGGAUUUGCGAUACUCUGAUGGGGGCGAAAAUGUGCUGAAGGAUUUGAACUUCACGAUCAGACCUGGUGAAAAAAUUGGAAUCGUUGGAAGGACCGGUGCUGGUAAGUCCUCUCUGAUACAGGCGUUAUUCCGGCUGGCACCGUACGAAGGCACAAUCGAGAUAGAUGGUAUCGAUACGAAAACACUGGGAUUGAAGGAUUUAAGGAGCAAAAUAUCGAUCAUUCCCCAAGACCCGAUAUUGUUUUCUGGAACGCUGCGGAGCAAUUUGGAUCCGUUCGAGGAGAAAAACGACGAGGAAUUGUGGAGUGCAAUCGACCAGGUGGAGCUGAAAGAGGCCGUAUCCUCGUUGGUCGGAGGGUUGGAGUGCCGGAUGUCGGACGGAGGGAGCAAUUUUAGCAUGGGUCAGCGACAGCUAGUUUGUCUCGCUAGGGCGAUUCUUAGAAACAAUAGAAUUCUAGUGUUAGAUGAGGCCACUGCCAAUGUCGAUCCAGAGACCGACAAGCUUAUCCAAACCACGAUACGCACUAACUUUUCCGAGUGCACAGUAUUAACGAUCGCCCACCGGCUGCACACGGUCAUGGACAGCGAUCGGGUGCUAGUGAUGGAUGCUGGGCGGGUAGUCGAGUUCGGACAUGCCCACGAGCUGAUACACGGUCCGACAAGCAAUCUGAGGCGGUUGGUAGAACAAACAGGAGUGGCCACAGCGGCCAUGCUGAUGCGAAUAGCUGACGAAAAUCACAGGAAGCUUGCCGAGAGCAAGUAGUAGAAAUUAUUACAGGAAUUGUUUUAGCUAGCAACUAGCAACACUGCUUAGGGAAUAAAGUGCUUACAACGGUUUUAUGUUCACAUUUUUACCUCGACUAGGCUUCACGCAAAAGCGACACAAUUUUGUACUUAACAACAAAGAAAAUUAAUACAAGGAAGAUUAUCACAAAAUUUAA